AUUAAUUCUUGUGAUGAGAAUCUGAACCGAUGCUGUGAAAUAAUAGAAUUGAACACUGAGAUUCAAGGGCAACUCUUCACAAUUCUCAAUGAAACAUCUCAAGAAGGUGGGCAUUAUGCAGGUGCAGAAACAAUAAAAACACGUCUCCUGCCAUGGCUAGGGACUUGUUUUUCCUGUGCUGCUUCACGAAGGCUCUUUGGAACCAACUUUUCUCAUACUCAGGAUUCAACUGAGAGAGAGAGGCAGCUGAGAGAACUGGCCAGCGAUCAGACCUCUCGACUGCAAGAGCUGAGGGAAAAACUGACUGCAGCUGCCCUGCAGAUCAACCAUAUACAACAAGAUCUGAAGACUUCCUGCGCUGAAGACAAGGAUGCCCUGAGGAAGUUAGAGCAUCUGAAUGACUGUAAUCAGCAGAUUCAAAUACUGCGGGAUGAGAUUUCUGUCUUGGAUGCCCAAAAGUCUGUUCUCCAGAGCAGGAUUGCACGGAGCCACUCUCCUUUCUCCAGGCACAGUGGGAGCAGGUCCCCCCGUUCCCUGUCCCACAGGAGCUGGUCUCCCGGCCAAGCCCGGCGUACAAACGCUUCGCGCCGCGCCUGCCUCGUAGCUCGCUUCAGUGACAUCUACGCUCAGGAGCGCUUGGAUGCAGAGACCCUUUUAAGGACAUACAUCAGUGACGUGGAGAUGGUACAGAGGAUAAUAUACAUUGCAGCUGUGGAAUCUUUUCAUGCAGCAAAGAUGGCCUACAGGCAGUUCAAAAUGCGUGUAAGAGAGAUUCUGUCCUUAGGUCACUCAGGACCUGAGUCACUUGAAGACGCUGUCCUGGAUUAUAUAGUUCGCCAUGAGGACCUGUAUGACGUUCGAGCCAGUGUCAAUGACGUAAUUCUCUCCAUGAACAUCAACCCAAAGAUUUCAUGUCCACCAGAAAUUGAUUUCAUUGUGAUCAGCACUUUGAUUCAAGAGUUGUGCUGUGUGGCUUUUUCAAUGCAGACACUCAUUCCUCCUCUUGAUGUUGCCUUUGGUAUUGAUGGAGAACUUUUCAGUGAGACCAAGUACUAUCGCAGUUUCGACUCAGAUUACACAGCAGCCUUGGUGGCCUAUCACGUAUGGCCUGCUCUGAUGGAAAAUAGUAUUGUAAUUGCGAAAGGAGAGGCAGUAACUAAAAGAGGAGCUCUGUAGUCUUGCAGAAGUAGAAUUAGAAGCAGAAGCUGUAGCACCCGUCCUCUUCUAUCUUGUCUUUUGUCUCGAAGCCGCAGUUCUUCACCACUGAGGAGCAGAAGCCCAAGGCGUUAA